UUUCUUUGAUAUCACUAUUGGCAAAUUGUCGUCAGAAUGACAUAUAGCGGGCGCUGUUUGUUUAGAGAUGAUACUUUGAGCAAGAGCUGUCAAAUCACAAGAAGAGUUUCUAAAAAGUUGAAACUUUUAUCUAUAAUAUACAAUAACAAGAAGUUUCAAUGGAAAAAACCUUGUAGUGAUAAAAGAAAAAAAAAUUCCUAUAAGAUGGUAAUGUGUAUUUGAAUUUGUUGUGCGAAAACUAAUGAUUUUUUUAGGAUCGAUAUCAAAAAUGUAUUGUCAACAGCUGUGCGAACAUUACACCUGGACCCGUAAUGUUUUUCAAAUGUCCUGGAAAAUCAAGUCAAGUGUUCAGAAAAAGGAAGUCGUUUGUAAAUCUUUCUGGUACUCGAGAGGAGAAAAUUUGUAUAAAACACUUUAAAAGCAGCGAUUUUGUUAAAAAUAUUCGCAGACGAUUGAAACGACGGGCAGUGCCUACACAAAACCUUCCAUUGAGUAUCCCGUAUGUUACCAGUAGCGGAAGAUGCUGUAUUUUUGGAUGCAGAGCUAAAAAAAAUGCACAUUUCUUCCGGUUUCCCGAAGGUAACCUGUUACAAAUGUGGAUAAAAAUGCUUCACAUGAAGCAUCAAGAUGUUGAUGACUGUCUCAGAGUUUGUGAACGGCAUUUUGCAGACUGUGACUUUAUAGCAGUGAAAUCAAUGUACUUGAAACCGCAUGCUAUACCCAGUUUAAACGUAAACAGGUUAAUUCUUUUCCCUCGACAUCGUAUGAAAGACACUACUAAGCCAUCAGGUGCUAUGCGCGAUCAUAGUUAUCAUAUACGAUUGUUUGAACCAAGAAGCAAUCGCAUGUGCUCUGUUUAUGGAUGUCAUUCACGUGCCGGAAAUAAUGUUAGCCUACAUAGGUAUCCAAAUAAAAUUGAAGAAAGGUAUUCAGACUGGAUUUGUAACUUAAACCAAGGCAAAAAUCUGUCAUCCAAUAUGAAAGUUUGCAGUAAACACUUCGUUAAUGCUGAUUUCAUGCCAGGUUCGUUGCAAUAAUCCCAAAACAAUAAUAUUUUUAUGU